GUGCUCCACUGGGCUCAGAGUAACGCUGAUUUCGUUGUCCCCCUGUACUGCUUCGACCCGCGGCACUACCUGCGCACCCACUGCUACGGCUUCCCGCAGACAGGGGCCCACCUCCACUGCUACGGCUUCCCGCAUAAAGGGCUCCACCGGCUCAGGUUUUUGCUGGAAAGCGUGAAGGAUCUAAGGGAAACACUCAAGAGAAAAGGAAGUACCCUUGUUGUGAGGAAGGGGAAGCCGGAGGAUGUGGUCCGUGAUCUGAUUGCUCAGCUGGGCUCUGUCAGUGCUGUGGUUUUCCAUGAAGAGGCCACACAGGAGGAGCUGGAUGUGGAGAAGGAGCUGCGCCAGGUGUGUAGUCAGCAUGGGGUGAAGAUUCACACAUUCUGGGCAUCUACACUGUAUCAUCGGGAUGACCUUCCCUUCAGACCUAUUGCCAGGUUGCCUGAUGUCUACACUCAUUUCCGGAAAGCCGUGGAAUCUGAGGCGAAGGUCCGGCCAACCCUGCGGAUGGCAGAUCAGCUACAGCCUCUGGCUCCAGGGGUGGAAGAGGGGCAUAUCCCCACAAUGGAGGAUUUGGGGCAGAAGGAUCCUGAGACUGAUCCACGGACAGCCUUCCCUGGCAGUGGAGGGGAGACCCAGGCUUUAAUGAGACUGCAGUAUUAUUUUUGGGACACGAACCUGGUUGCAUCGUACAAGGAGAUGCGGAAUGGACUGGUGGGAAUGGACUACUCAACCAAAUUUGCACCAUGGCUGGCACUGGGCUGCAUUUCACCUCGAUACAUCUAUGAGCAGAUCCAGAAGUAUGAAAAAGAGAGAACAGCAAAUCAGAGCACAUACUGGGUCCUCUUUGAACUGCUGUGGCGGGAUUACUUUCGAUUUGUAGCCCUGAAGUAUGGCAGAAGGAUUUUCUCAUUAAGAGGGCUUCAAAGUAAAGAGGUUGCCUGGAAAAAGGACCUGCAGCUUUUUGACUGUUGGAAAGAGGGUAAAACAGGGGUUCCUUUUGUGGAUGCCAAUAUGCGAGAGUUGGCUGCAACAGGCUUCAUGUCUAACAGAGGGCGGCAGAACGUCGCCAGCUUUCUCACCAAGGACCUGGGUCUGGACUGGAGGAUGGGAGCAGAAUGGUUCGAAUACCUGCUGGUGGAUUAUGAUGUUUGUAGCAAUUACGGCAACUGGUUAUACAGCGCUGGUGUUGGCAACGACCCACGGGACAACAGGAAGUUUAACAUGGUUAAGCAAGGCCUGGAUUACGAUAGCAAUGGGGAUUAUGUGCGGCUGUGGGUCCCAGAACUACAGGGCAUAAAGGGAGCAGAUAUCCACACCCCUUGGGCACUGAGCAGUGCUGCUCUCUCGCAGGCAGGAGUAGCUCUAGGUGAGACAUACCCACAGCCAGUUGUGACAGCCCCGGAGUGGAGCCGAUACAUCAACCAGAGGCCUGUGAGUACUGGGAAGGGAAGAAGUCCCCAUGCCAGGGGCAGGAGAGGACCUGCACGCCCGCCAGUGCAGCACAAGGACAGAGGGAUAGAUUUUUACUUUUCUCGCAGGAAAGAUGCACGAUGA